AUGUCGAAAUUGUGUCGUGUGCAAAUACGCCAUGACCUCUUCUUAUUCUUCUUAGCUCUUUACGCUAGACAUAUUUCGUUCAGCUCGACUGGGGCUCUUUUGAUAGCUAGCAUUUCCCGGCGAGAUCCUCGUCGUCACUUGGAACCAGCCUCACGGGUCUGUCGUGGCCCUGUUAUCUCGAACCUUCACAAUAAGCAGUGGCUCCAAGACCCUCCGCCAGAGCGUGAGUAUCCCAAACGAGACGGCUACUCUCUACUCUUCACUAUCGCUGUUCAUGCUGUCAUGGACAAGUCUCAUCGUCUCGACAGUUUACCGCCCCUUCGUAGCUUCAAUAGCACUGGCGUCAACUAUGUCCUAGCUCGUGAAUCCGAACUCGGGCACUAA